AUGCUGGGAGUUGCAGGAGAUGCCGGAGCCGCAGGAGAGAAUGGAAACGAUGGAGCACCAGGACAACCGGGCAUCGCUGGGGCUCCAGGCAAAGACGGUGAGAAAGGUGGUGAUGGAACACCCGGCGGAGAUGGACCACCCGGUCUUCCAGGAGGUGACGCCUCGUACUGCCCCUGCCCACGCAGGACCAGCGACAUUCUUGUCCAGGCAUCGCAGACAAAAGUCAAAGAACAGGGAUACUGA